GUGGGAAGAAAAAAUCUCCUGUGCGUGUAUCGUCCGACCUAGCCAGCUUUAGCCCAAGCACGCAGACACUGCACACGACAUGAGCAGGAUUUGAAGCGGCAAAUAGGGGAAAAAGAGGAAGGACAGAGGAAGGCACUCAGAUACGAGAAAAUUUCAGAGGGGCAAGAGAGAGAGCGGUGUGGGAUUGUUCAAACAAAUAGCGAUUUUACCCCCUCCCUCAUGUUCCGGUUGUUGUGUCUGAGUUUUAUGAGACUUGGGAUAUAGUUUCUUUUUAUUACAAGAGGAAACCGUUUAAAAACAUCAUUUUAUUGUGAAUGCGAAAAAAAACAUGAGCUCUUAUUUUGUUAACCCUCUUUUCUCAAAAUACAAACCCAGCGAAACAUUGGAACCAUCUUACUACGACUGUCGGUUCCCUCAGAGCGUCACGCGGAGCCAUGCGCUGGUGUACGGACACGGAGGAGCAGCGCCGGGAUUUCAACAUCCGUCCCAUCACGUCCAAGACUUUUUCCAUCACGGCACUUCAGGAAUCUCUAACCCGGGCUUCCAGCAAAACCCGUGCGCUUUGGCUUGCCACGGAGAUGCCACUAAAUUUUAUGGAUACGAAGCCCUUCCAAGACAAUCACUUUAUGGUACCCAGCAAGAGGCGAGCAUAGCGCAAUAUCCAGACUGUAAAUCGUCAAAUGGCACGAACCCUGGAGAAGGACAAGGGCACUUAAAUCAAAACCCGUCCCCAAGUCUCAUGUUUCCUUGGAUGAGACCUCACGCUCCGGGACGGCGCAGCGGACGGCAGACUUACAGUCGUUAUCAAACACUGGAAUUGGAGAAGGAGUUUCUGUUCAAUCCCUACCUUACACGUAAGAGACGCAUUGAAGUGUCUCAUGCACUUGGCCUGUCGGAGCGGCAGGUGAAGAUCUGGUUUCAGAACCGUCGUAUGAAGUGGAAAAAGGAAAAUAACAAAGACAAAUUCCCGGGACAGAGAGGGGAGGCCGAGACCGACGCCGACGAGGAAUGUAACGAGGAUGGCGAGGGGGGAGAAGAUGAAAAAAAGGAAACGGAAGAGAAAGAUGAGACUAAAAAGUGAUUUUAUUGCCUUUCUUUAUGGUUAUAUGGCAUGAAGGCCAUACAGAGAGUGUGUGGGAGAGAGAGAGAGCCAGAGAGCGCAUAAACUUUAUUGCCACAGUUUAAUUGAGUCAACAAGUGAGAAAAAUCCCAGAGUCGUAACUGUCAAACCAUUUCCCUUUGCCACGCGCUCCCAUGAUAGAACGAAAAAUCGUCUGAAGUCCAUUUAUCUUGCUCUGCAAGAAGCAUCCACUAUUUGAAAAAUAAUGACGAUUGUUUACGAAAAGUUGUGGCUUUGCAACUCCAGUCUAGUUCCCAAUCAGGACGAUGUGAAUCGGCUUAUGUCAUUUUUCGGAGUUCUGUAAAGUCAGGACAACUAUUUAUAAAAAUAAGCAACGAAGAGGCAACUUGAAUCAAAAGGAGAGCCACAAAACACAAUAUCGGUUUAAUUACGGUUUCAGUAGAAAUAGAGCCCUUGCUAUUAUAAAAAAAACGAAAAUAUAAAAUCCUUUACUUUUUGAAACGUUACAAUAAUGACGAAAUUACAGCGUUCACAGUCCCUUUUAAUGUUAAACAUCCUGGUCCAAUUCAAAAUAUGCAGGCCUGUCUUAUUAUCUUGCAAACCUUGCAUACAGAUUCUAUUCACUGCUGCGUUUUGCAGAUGCUACGGGGACGUAAUAAGUGACCUGCUUCUAGUUUAGAACACUUUUACUCUGAAUUUAAGUAACUGUCUGUACAACAACCAUACAUUUCCAAAACAACUAUUCAGCGGCUCGGACAUGCACGUGGUAUUGGCCAUGUCACAUUUACAGAAUUACUGAUGACUAUCAUUUGAAAGUUAAGACAGUUUUACGUCGCCGAUGCUCUUAAUUUCAUUGUUGGAUUUCAGCAGGACUCCGUCGAUUUAUAACCCCUGCUUAUGAAUUUAAUGCUCUAGCCAUGGAAACAUACUUUCCACAAUGGAAGUUGUACUGUUGAAGUGACUGUAAAUUAACUUUCUGUGUUUUAAAAUAUGCUGUGUAACUUAUACAAUGUAAUACUACCUAUGAUUAGUUUUUAUUUGUAUUUCUGUUUUGUUUUAUUUUAAAUGAUUUGUAGCCCUAAAGCUUUGCGUUAGCUUGAUGGACACUGCUAUGCAGCUGAAUUCAUAUAAUAUAUAUUAAAUUUCUCCCAACAACUUAAACUGCCUACACAAUGUUAAAAUGCACAUUUUGUUUUUUUAUUACUCUUAACUAGAAUUUCAAUUGAUAUUAUUAUAUUGUAUUGAUGUCAUAGAGUAGGUUUUUAUUGCACUGAAUAUAAUCUCCAUGUAUGUCUAUUCGUAUCUUGCCGUUAGCAAUAUGCUCGUUUUCUUAUGUUUUAAUUAAAGAGUUCUGAAUGUUCUGAGUGACAAAAAAUGAAAUAAAUAAAAGACGAAUCAGCAGAUGAA